AUGGGAUGGAAAGAUCUGGGGUGGUCGCUCGCCGGGAGGGAAAAAGGCGUGCCGGCGGAAAGAGCGGAGACGGCAGAGGAAGGGGGUGGCGUGGGCGGAGGAAUGGUAGGGGAGACGGCAGGGGCGGAUGAUGAAGUGCCGCUACUGGAUGACGAGGAGGUGAAACGUGCGGACAAGGAGGUCAUUCAGGCGGUGUUUGAGCGCGUGGUGGAGGCACAGGCGCAGCUGCACAACUACAAGAGCCUCAUCGCCUUCGCGCUCUUCACCGCCCUCUACCUCCUCAUGCUCUGCCUUCAGGCGCAGUCCUUCCAGAGCUACCAGGUGGCCACCGCUCACAACGUCCUGCUGCCUCCGGACUACUCCAAGGACUCAAGCUACUCCUUUGCCAGCAGCAGCGCGUUCUACACCUGGCUCAACGACAGCAUCAUUCAGGCCGUAUGGACGGACCCGCAGUGUGGCGACGGCACGUGCACGCCCCCCACGGAGGUGCCAGCGGUGGGUCGCUUCGGGUGCGCCCUGGACUGCGGGGUGGCCAGCAACGUGACGCCCGUCACGCUGGCGCUGCGCUGGCGCUUUGCCUCGAGCGACGCCAUGGCUGCCUCCCAGUGGAACCUCUGCUCCACCGCCAUCCGCGACGUCUGCUGGUUCGAGGGUCCUCAGGGGUUCUCGGAGGUGGCAGGCUGGCAGGCGCUCACGCUGCAGCUGCCAGACAACGACUGGUUCGUCUCACUCACUGCACCGGACGGCGGGGUGAGCGUGUACGUGUACGAGUCUCAGCCCACCACCACUCCCGAUGGACCACAGUUCCCUUCUGCCUCCCUCGACCCAGCUGCGGCAGCAGCAGCAUCAGCAGCACCACCCUCCUCACCCACUCCUGCGCCUCCCCCCUCUAGCGCCGGCACCCCCGCCUCUGCCCCCUCCGCCGUGGGGGGCGGGAAGGGGAGGGUGCGGCCGUCCAACGGCACGGGCGCUAACGUGCUGCUCGCACUCAUCGAUGGCUGUGUGGUAGAUGGCGAGAGCAAUCUGCAACGGUGCAGACAGACUUGCGCGGUUUGGACUCUCUGCCUUCCACAGCUAUGCACCAACAGCAGCAGCGCUAGCAGCGGUGGUACUACGUCUCCUCCCAUGCGGGUGGCCUCCUUGGCUCUGGGCAGCUGCUUCCAGGCCUGCAACGCCAUGCUGCCACGUACCUCCUUCCUCCCACCCGACAAUGUCUCCUGCUCCCAGGCAUUCACUCUCUUCGAGCCAUUCGUCCAGACGCCCUCAUGCACUGACAUCCUCUCAAGUACUGCUGUUCCUGGAGAGGCAACCACAGCAGCAGCGGCAGCAGAAGAAGCAGAAGCAGGCCCAUUGUCUGCCCGUCUUCUUUCUGCGUCGGCCCCCGAUGACACGAAUCAGCACAGCCUCAUGACGUCUGUCCUCCAGCACCACCAGCAGGUGAGGCAGCAGUUGCAGGAGACGUGGGCGCAGCAGCAUGAGGCAGCAAUGCAGCACCAUGCCGUGGGGGGUGCACACGUCUCCGCCACUGCCACCACUCCCACCAACAUUAUCAGCAGCCGCCUUUUGCCACCACAGGGCACUCACAGUCCAGCACCAGCGUCUGCCACUCCGCCAAUCACGCGAGACCAGCUGCUCGUUUGGGAGAGCCUCGGGACUUCCGAAGGCGAGCGAAUCAGGGCGUGCCAGGUGGCAGUGGCGCGGGCGCUGUACACUGCAGUGAAGGAGAACUGCCUGGCCGGGCCGACCGGUGGCGCCACCACCAAUGCCAGCAGCAGCGCUGGCACUGAUACCACCACCAGCAGCAGCAGCAGUAUGGGCAACAGUGGUGGCGGGUCGCUGCUGUCAUCCUCGCCGGCCAAGAGCCUCUCCCUUGCCUCUCGCAGUCGCCUCGUCGCUUUCCUCUGCACACUCUUUGGCGGCCCUGUGGCCAACAACCCACUCUGCAACUUCACGGAACCUUCCUCUGGGCGGCAGUUGAAGGGACAAGCAGAGCUUGUGGAAUACAUUCGAGCGACCCACCGCACUCCAUCUCGGCGCUUCUCUGCCGCCCAGCAGUCUCUCUUCAUCCAAAUCCUCAUCAUGGCACUGCAGUCAGUCGUGCAGAAGAUGCCAGACGAUGCCGUCCAAGCUGCCACCCGCCUGCUGCAUGCCUAUGAUGAUGCAGUCGUCUCCUCCGAUGCUUCUUCCUGCCCCCAAGCCGACUUCACAGUGCUGUGGGACUCAACCUCCUUCGCCCGCCGUGCCAUCGCUGACGGCCAGCGGGUCACAUGGGUGUGGAAUGACGACAAUUACCACGAGCUCAGAGGGCCGGUGAGCUCAGAGCCGUUUCUUGGGUUUGGAGCAGGUCGCCUCGGCCUAUCACGGCUUGUCACGUGUGCAUGGGACAACAUCGGGGCUGGAGAUGCGACGGACGAGCCUGCGCCAUGCGUGCUUCGGUCACCCGGCGACACAUCAGCCGCGCAUUUCACGUAUACCAAGGUGUUUGGUACGGCGCGGGACAUGACCGUCAAGGACUCGCCGCAGUCGCUCGCCUCCACUCUCCUCCGCGCCACCCCCAUGCCAGAGCCGCCACCGAGCACGUCUGUGCGGCCGUACGAGCAGCUGCUGGGGGUGCGCUGUGCGCCGGCUUGUGCGCUGGCCAUGCUGGCCAAUGGCCGCUGCGACCCCGCAUGCAACGUGGCUGCCUGCGACUUCGAUGGCGGCGACUGUGCCUGCGCCACUGCCCACGCUGCUAGGGCUGGCCGCAGCACCACUGGCAGCGCUGGUGCAGAUGUGCAGUGGUGUGAAUGCUCGGUGCUGCAAACGCGGGGGGCAGAUGGAGCGUGCUGUGAGGCGGCGGGGGUGGGGGAGGCCAUCAAGGUGCCCUUCAGGCUGCGCCGCUUCGGCCCCAACGUGCAUCCCCUCGACGCCACUCCCGCCACCAACGCCUCUCUGCCGCGCACUGUCUCCCAGUACAACAGUGUGCUGGUGGGGCUGGUCAUCGUGCAGUACCGCUGGAACUCUGACCGCUGUGCCAACAGCAGGUUCCACUUCCAGGAGGCAUGUGUGGGGGGGGAGUCGGCGAGAGCGUUUGGGGUGAACCCGGUGUUCCUGCCGUCGUCGUCGCUCUACAACCCCAAUGUCGCCGUCACCAACACCACUGCCUUCACCAACCAGCCCUUCGCCAACCCCUUUGAGCUCAACGCCAAGGGCCUGCCCUUCGCCUUCCAGCAGCUCCCGGGCAGCGGGCGCUUCCCGAUCGUGUUUGACGUGAAUCUGGAUAACGCGGGGGCAACGCGGCGGCUGCAGUACUUGGUGGACGGCUUCUUCAUCGACAACUACACCCGCACCAUCCACGUCGGCCUCAUCACCCGCAAUGCCAACGAGCAUCUAUUCACGGCCACCAAAGCCACCCUGACGGUGCAGUCAGGCGGCAGCAUGGAGGGUGUGUUCCAGGUGCAGCCGGUGAACGUGGAGUACUACAACAUGAAUGACAGCACCAACGUGGCGCGCCUCGUGGUGGAACUGCUGUUUGUGGCGGCGGUGGCGUGGAGCAUCGUGGAGGAGGUGAAGGAGAUGCUGUGGACGUGGAAGGUGCAACGCCGCUCCUUCUGGCACUACGCAUCCAAGGGGUGGACAUGGGUGGACUGGCUCUCCAUCGCCCUCCAGAUCACCUGCAUCGCCAUCUGGAUAUCAGUGGCGGUGAUGCGAGCACAGGGGUUCAGCAUCCAGCCUCACUACGACAUCUACUACACGCUCGACGACAACCCGCGCUACUGGUCGCUGCCCAACCCUCCCGUGGGCUAUCAGUCCGCCAUGUCAGCCGUGGACACGCUUGGCUUCAUCACCAACCUCUGCGCCGUCUACUUCGCCCUUCAGGGCAUUAAUGUGUUCAUAAUAGUGCUUCGCCUCUUGAAGCUGAUGGACUUUCAGCCCAACAUGGGCGUCAUCACCCGCUCCCUCCGGGUGGCCCUGCCGUCGCUUCUCCACUUCUUCAUUCUCUUCUUCGUUGUCUUCGUGGCAUACGCCACCUAUGGCUACCUGGUGUUUGGGAUGACCUUAGUACAGUUCAGCACGCUGUGGUUGUCCCUGCAGACGUGCUUCUACAUGAUGGUGGGCCAAUUCGGAGUGAUGAAUUUCCAGCAGAUGGUGGGGUGGCAGUACGCGGCAGCCAUGGUGUUCUGGUUCUCCUUCGUCAUCAUCUUCUGCUUCAUCCUCUUCAACUUCCUCAUCGCCAUCAUCGUGGAUGCCUUCAUGGCAGUCAAGGAGUCAUCGGACAAGGCACCGGCGAUCUACCAGGACAUGUACUUGAUUGUGGUGCGCUUCUUGCGCCGCGUGGCAUCGCCGUACACAAGGUACAGCCGCCUGCUGCGCCACCUCAUUCGCCUCGGCGCAGAGAACACCGCCCACGCCGUCCUCGAGAAGAGCAUCCGGCAGUCAGGCCAGCAGUGCCUUUCGUCCAGCCUUCACUGCGGCAGGGAGGCGAGAGGAGGCAGGCAUGAUGGCAGCAGCAACUUGAAUGGCCAGGCAGAUGCGGAUGGGGAUGGGGAUGGGAGGGCGGAUGCUGUUGCUAAUGGCGGGCCAGGGAGAGAUGGGGCGAAGGAGCAGCAAGAGGGUGUUCCUUACAAGAGCAUGCAAGCGCAGGGCCAUUUUGAUGCGCAGCAACAAGUGUUGGACAUGGUGGGAGCAGAUGAGACUGGCUUAAGCGGGGGAGAGAGCAAGAAGGGGUUGCUGGCAAGUGGUGGGGUCGCCAAGUCCCAGGCAGCCGACAGCACCAACACUCAGCUGGACGCCCAUGCUGCCACCGCUGCUGCUGCUGCUGCUGCUGGCAGCACGGGUGGCAGCACGGGUGGCGGCAUGGUGGAGCCGGCAGUGCAGAGGCGGCGGAGUUUCUGGCGGCUGAAAACGCUGGAUGAGCGCGAGACUGUGGUGGUGGUGGGGGACAGGCACCUCAACGCCCACUCACUCUCCGCCGUCCUGCGCCGCGCACACGCCCGCAUGCGGCGCUCUCUCUCCGACGAGCACGAGGGGGACCCCAUGAACGUGGCAGCGCUGGGAGCUAUACUGAUGUCGGAGCUGGGGGAGAGCCUGCCGCCUGCCGACGCCACGGCUGCUAGCAGCACGGAUGGAGGCGAGGCGGCAAAGAAGGACGACCUGGUGGCCAUGCAGCAGCACGUGGAGGCACUGCGGGCUGAUGUGGCGCGUGGCUUCGACCAAGUCAGGCAGCAGCUGGCCGCGGACUUCCAAAGUUCCCAGCGCAACCAGUUGCCACAGGACGCCAGUCCAAGCCUGCGCUCGAGCCAGCUAGCUGAUGGUCAGGAAGAGGCUGGGCGAGGAGGAUGGGAGCAGGUUUUGAUGCAGGUGGAGAAGAUUCGAAAGGAGGCUCAGAGGGAACGAGCGGAGGCCCAGUGGUGCUUGGCGCUGCCAGCUGGGGAGCUGUAA